ACUCUAAAUCUAAAAUAAUAUGAUUGUGUAUGUAACCCGACCCGCUCACAGGCUACCGCUGUGACCUAGUUCUUCUUCCCACCACAUCUUUCAAAUUCAAUCAACUGCCGAAAUUCGAUGGCCAUUCUGGAGUUUUGAUUUAAACCCUAACAACCGAUUCAAGCCCUAGGCCAGAAGUAUCAAUUCCUUCAUCUCCGAUCUGUUUCUGAAUAAGCGAAUAAGGUAAAGAUGAAGAGGGUGUUUAGAAUAUCCGAUAUAGGAUCAGCAAGAUCAGAGCUUCGUGGAUUUUUUACACCCAAAUUCCCAACGAAUCCAACAACAAUACCCACUACCACCCGAAGGGUUUCUACCGAAUCUUCAUCAUCUAAAUCCAUUUUAGAUUUAUAUGGACAGUUUGCUAAUAGAUGGGCUUAUUCCGAUGUACGAUCUAAAGAAGAAAUGAUUGAAAAAGUUUCUUUUUACAGAGAUGAACUGAUUAAAAAUGUGAAGGAUGAAAACUGUUUCGAUAAUUUGUUGGAAGUUGAGGGGUGGAAUUUGAUCAAGAUGUAUUCUGAUGGGGCUGCUUUUGUUGAGCUUCUUAAGUUGUUGGAAUCUUCUCCUCAUUUGGCUAUCAAGGUUUUUAAUUGGAGAAGAAAAAAAGAUCAAACGACGCCUUUAUCAUCAGAAGAAUACGCAAAAGGCAUUAAAAUCGCGGGUAGAAUAAAGGACGUAGAUCUAGCAGUCGAACUUUUCACGGAAGCUUCUAAUAAACAGCUCAAAAACACUUCGACUUACAACGCUCUUAUGGGUGCGUAUAUGUACAACGGCCUAACCGAAAAAUGCCAAUCAGUUUAUCGGGAUUUAAAGCAAGAUGCCAAUUGUUGCCCCACAUCAGUUACAUUCAACAUGCUGAUAUCAGUUUUCGGCCAUAGAGUACUUAUAGACCAAAUGGAAACCGUAUUUCAAGAAAUGAAAGAUUACGAUAUUGCCCCUGAUCUAACCACAUACAAUAACUUGCUCGCGGGUUAUCUCACUGCAUGGAUGUGGGAUAGUAUGGAGACUACGUACCGUAUAAUGGAGACUGGACCCGUACACGCUAAUCUUGAUACGCGCUUGCUAAUGCUUCGUGGGUACGCACAUUCAGGUAAUUUAGAGAAAAUGGAAGAGACUUAUAAUAUCGUGGGGCCUCAUGUUCUUCGCGAAAAGCAUAUUUCGUUAAUCAGAGCUAUGAUAUGCGCAUACUGCAACUUUCCUAAUAGAAAUCGAGUUAAAAGAAUUAACGAACUAAUGAGAUUAAUACCAGAAAACCAGUACCGACCGUGGUUAAACGUGCUACUUAUUAGAGUUUACGCAGAAGAAGAUUUGGUUGACCAGAUGGACGAGUCAAUAGACGAGGCGUUUGACCAUAACACUACCGUUAACACUGUGAGGAUUAUGCGUACGAUUACUUCAACUUAUAUUCGGAACAAUGCUGUGGACAAGUUGGCAAAGUUUAUAACGCGUGCGGGGCAUUCUGGGUGGAGAAUGUGUCGUAGGUUGUACCAUGAGUUAAUGUGGGUGCUCGCCGAGCAAAAACGAAUAGAGGAAAUGGAGCAAGUUCUUUUUGAGAUGGAGCGAUAUAAUUACGGGUGCUCGAAAAGAACGUUUAUUAUAUUGUAUAAGGCUUAUUCGGCACACGAAGAACGAUAUCGACCGAAGUUAUGUAGGGUGGUAGGGUUGAUGUACAAGUAUGGGUAUGGAUCCUUUUUAGCAAAUAUUCGAAUAUGAAUGUAGAAUAUGAAAUUGAGAAAGAAGCCAUUUUGGACACCUCCUUGAUGGUGUGUUACUUAUUUUUGUUAGGUAUUGAGAAAUACACAGUUUUCUUAAACUAUUUGUUCAAUUGUUGUAAUUAUUUUACAUUAAUAAAGUUAAUUCUUUUAUAGUUUUUAA